UGUCUAUUCAGGUGCUGAGCUACAUAACCGUACUUUUAGAUAUCUUCUGUUUUAUUUUGAAAAACAUUGUACGUUAUGUCAUAAAUAGUCAGUUUUUUUACGGAAUUAUAGAAACUAAAUAUCCAAAUUUAAUUCCAACUGUUAUAAUAUUAGUGAAUCUAUCAAAAUAAAGAAUUUUUUUUUUAAUUUAUUUGCGUUGUUUUAAAUUUAUCAAUACAAAGGAAAUUUGUAGCUAACUUCAUUUUAUUAAAAGCAAAUGGCAACUUCCAAAACAUCAAGAAAUCAAGAGAACAUAAAGAAAAUGAAUCUAAUACAAUUAAAGGAAGUGCUACAAAGGGAAGACACACUAUUAAAAAAUAAAUCUAUCCUUUCCAAGCUUCCAGAUAGAGGAGAAUCUGUGAGAAAAUUUCACGAACAAGUAAAAAACGAAAUAAAAUACAGGGAAGAUUUAUCCGAUCUAGAGCACUCAAUAUCAGCCUUAAAACUUUCAGAAACUGAUAAACACGUACAAAAAAUAUGCGAAAUGGAAAAGACACCGAAAAAAGAACGUUAUAAACCAUUUAGCACUCUAAAUAAUACAAAACAAGUGCAUACAAAUAGAAACGUUUUUAAAACUAUGGAAGAUUGGAGUAAAUGCAAUAAACCAACGAAAUUGAUAUCUUUAGUUGAAUCGAUCGAAAUUUUAAAACAUCAAGAUGAGGUAAUUAAAGAAGAACAAGUUAAACUUAAACAUAGGUUAUUGGUAAGACAGCUUGAAAAUGAAGACUCCGAAAAAAGUGAUGAAGAAAACAGAGAUAAUAGUGAUGUUGAAAGCGAGUCGGAAUCGGAAGAUAAGAAGUGAUGACAAGAUUAUUUGGUUGUUAUUAAUGUACAGUGUUUGUGAUAUCCUUUUCUUACCAAAUUGUUAAAUUGAAAAAUGAAUAAAACUUCAUUUAUAGUGUAUAUCUUGCGAGUCUUUGAAACAACUGAUGUUUGAUUGAAUUUUUUUUAAUUCAGAAAUCUAAUAAACUUCAUUUGAGUUGAUAAGAGACAAAAAUUUUAAAAGAAUUCCACUUACCUUGUGUUUCUUGGAGCUAUAACUUCAUUUUACCUGCGGAUUUUCAAGUAUAUGAUAUAUUUCAAAAAUUAAAUUAAUAAUUUUCUUUUUGUUCUCAAGAUUCAGAGGAAGUGUUGUGAAUAGCAAUCAAUAUCAAGGUGCUUAGAUUAAUAACCAAAUUAUUUUUUUAAGUUGUUUUAAUCGCAAGUUUUAUUAACAAGACUUAUUUCCAAAGUGUUACGACAAAAAUAUCAAACAAUUUUUAUUCAAAUUGUUACUGAGCUAUUUGUUUUACAGGAUUAUAUGUUAAUGAACCAACUCAAAAUGUGCAAGUUGCUAUAAAAGUGGUAUCUAGACAUUUUGGAGACCUUAGUAUGUAAAAAUCUCAAAAUUAGUUGCUUUAGUAGCCUCUAAACUAGGAUAAGAUAUCCUGAAAAAAAACUAAUAUCAAGAACGAAUUAAAAAUCUACUGGACUCUAAUCAAGACCAAUCUUAACUUAUGAUAGGGUGAUGACAUAAAAAGACCAAUAAAGAUUAAGAAUAUUUGAGAUAACAAUUAUCAGAAGAAUAUAUGGAGGAAUUAGGAUGAACCAAACAGACUGGAGUAUCUGUAAUGAUAGAAAUAUCAAAACCUAAAGGUUGAGAUGGUUUGGACACAUACAAAGAAAGCCAUGAAUGUCGAAAUAUACUACAGCAGUAGAAAUAAAGGCAAAACCCAUAUCAGAUCAGGUUCAUCAAGACUUAUAAUCAAUGAAUGAUGAAGAACAGAUCACACAGAGUUGUAGUGCCAAUUCUACAUCACUAUUUCCAUGUGACAUGCACAGGGCUGCUUUCGAAACUUUGCUAAUGUUUGGAUCUUCAAGUUUAUUAGGGUCUUUUUCGCUUAACAUUAUUGUUGGUACUGUAGAAUUGAAAAAAAUUUAUUGUAGCUACAGUAAGAAUGUUUUAACGUGAAAAUAAUCGCCUGAGAUUGAUUUUAGUACCAAAUAGACACUUUUUAGUUACUAUUAGGAUUCCUAUAACCGUUCGAAAUAAAAAAAAUAUAUCAACUACUUAUCGAAGAGGAUCAUUUUGAAUAAUAAAACUAAGAGUAUAUACAAAGUUUUUAUUUCCACCAAUUCAUUAGAUAAAUUGAAAAUCUGAAAAUGCAGUGAAAAUGAAUAUAAAAAAAUUAAUUUUGAGAAUUUUGGGCUUACUUUCCUUUUAUAUACAUAACCACUGCUGUAAUCAGACCCAAACGAAAAGAACUAUUGAAUCUAUCAAUCCACCUAUUUUUUUUUGCAACUUAUAUUUUUACAAAUCGAGAAUUAUUUCCAAGUCUAAAAAAUUGU